UAUGAGGAGUCAUAAUAGGAUUAGAUUGGCAAUAUAUGUAAAUAUAUACAUAAUGUUACAAAAAUAAGUAUUUUUCAUCAUUGUAAUGCAUCACUAUUUUAGGACAAUAGAUACUGAUACAAAAGCCUUAUAUCCAAAUACAAAAAAGAAAGAAUAAUCUGACAGCUGUCAAAACAACCUAACAUGCGCCGAUGAAAUUAUCUGUCAAACAACUGUCAAGUCAAACAAGCAGUGUUCUUUUGGUUUUCGUUUCAGAAUAAUUCAGAGUUUGGGAUUUUAUGCAAUUGUGUGAGAAAAUAUCGUUUAAAAAAGUGAUAAAUUAUAUGCCCCAUUGAAGAGUGACUUUCACAAAUUGUUUAUUUAGGUACAUUGCAAUGGCCAGCGCGUCGAACUCUCAACUGGAGAGUCAGAAAUUUUACCAAAUUAUAAAACAUUUUCCGCUUGUUAUCGAUGGAAAAAUAAAUAUCAAGGGAUUCUUGGAAGCAGCGUCAGACCUAAUACUUCUUGUUGAACGCCUAGGCAAAGUAUUCGCGCCCGUGAAAUAUGAUAUGCAAGGAAAUAUUGAUAAGAUAAAGAAGUACUAUGUGUAUGACGACAAUUCCUGCUUGCUAGAAUUAAUGUUGAACGAUAAAACUAAGGACAGACCUGGCAUAGAGAGUGUGGUGUGGCUAAACAGAGCUAUACAUUUCUAUGAAUUGAUAUUUGAGGAAGUUAUCAACUGUGUACAAUCAAAUCAACUGGAUGUAGCGACAAAGAAAUUAUUUACCGUGGCCUAUGAGGGCUCUGUCAAGAAAUACCACAACUGGGUCACUCAACAAAUUUUUACCUUUAUCUGUAAAAUGGCGCCUACGCUACGUCAGAUGUUGAAGGCUAUAGAGGCUGAAGGCGAUUUGAAAAUAUUCACAGAAACUUUAACUACUUACAAUAUCAAAUUACAUUUAAUAAGGUGCAAAAUUGAUGAUUUUGUUAAAGAAAACAGUUUAUUUGAUGAAACUUUAUAGUAAAUAAUACUUAAUAAGUGUAGGCUAUUCAAUGAUUGACCAGCUUGCAUGGAUGUGCAACCCUACAUUGCAAUAUAACUGUACCUGGAAUGGAAUUAUUAUAAUACAUAUAAUUCUUAAAAGAAGCUAUAACUAUUUGUUCUUUGUUGCUAGGUUUUUGAGUGGUAUAGCUGAAUAGUUUUAUCUUGUGCAAGUUAACAAAGGUUUAAAUUAAAAAAUAAACAAAGAAAUGGAUUCUGAUUAAUAUCAUUAUGUAUUUAAUCAAAAUAUGUUUUAAAAGAUAAUAUGUUAGAUAAACCUAAAAACUAGUGCUGUGUUUAUGAGGCUAUUAUAAAUAACACUUUAUGUAGAGAUAACAGAAAAGAUUUUGUGUGCAACUGAGUAUCAUAGUAUAUGUUUUGUUUUCGUCCAAUCAUUAGUUUAAAAAUAAACCAAUAUUUUUAUAAACAACUAAGCAGUGCCUUGUAAAAAUGGGGGCAGAAUAUGUAACGUAACUGCACACCACUUAUAGGUGAUACUAAUAUUUUACUUUAAUUGGAUACUAAUAUAUAUUUUGUCACAUAAAAUUAUAGUUGUAACAUUUUAAUGUUAGUCAAAGUAGUGAUAGUCAUAGAAGACAUACACUUGUAUGAAUUGUAAGUGCAGGUGCUCUAUGCAUUGAAUCACUAAAUGAUCUAUGUAUUUCCAUUUUUCUCUGUGUUUGUAGGAGUAAUAGCAGUUCAUUGACUUACUAAUGACUGGAGGCAUUUAAAAAAAAACAUUGUAAUAAGCCUUUAUUAUGGAUCACAAAAUUUGAUCAUGUAAGCUAAUUUAAUUUCAAAACCAUUGAUUUUGAAUAGAAUUUUCAUUCAUACGUAUCUUGCCGAGUUUAAUAUAGGUGCUGAUAAUAUAAUAAAAAAACAAAAUUUAUUUGACAAUUGUAAAGCAUCAACAACAAAAAUACACUUUAGUGUUUAAAGAUAGUGCUGUAUAGUGUAAUAUACCAGCAUGCUGCUCACAAUAUUAUCUUGUGGAAUUGUCUUAUCUCUUCUCUCGUCUAUACUUGGAACCAACAUUGCUCUACAGUCCACACAAUGUGUGCUCCAGUAGCCGAAAAUGGAACUACAAAUGGAAAUGUGUAUGUAUCUCUCUCAUUAUUUAAGAGCUGCGCUCUUGGCGGUGGAGUAAUCGUAAAAAGCAUGUAGAAUGGUGGUUGCCCCAAUUGCCUUCCGUUCGCAAUGUGUAUAUAUUUGAGGAUGAAAUGUUUUUAUUGUAAAUUAGAAAUGCACCAAAUAGUGAUUUAACCAAAUAUUAUUUGUGUUGACUACUUUAACCGAACCGAAUAUUCGGCGAACUAUCCUUUCGCGCUACGUCUAACUCUAACUAAAUCUUCAAAGAGAGAGAUUCAUACAUCUGAAGUAAUUAUCAUAAUUCUUUAGUAACUGUCACGUACAUACCUAGUGUCUUCUCUCACAUGCAGAAAUUAUAUUGAAUAUAUAUUAGUGAUGUAACGAAUGUUGGAUUUUUUACAUUCGCGAAUGCGAAUGCGAUUGCGAAUAAUUAUCUUCAACAUUCGCGAAUGCGAAUACGAAUGCGAAUAUUUUAAAAUGUCAAAAAAGCGCGCUUAAAAUGUUUGAUAGGUUUGACGUUUCGUAUAAGUUUCACUUGUCACGGAAUUAAUUUUGAACGAAAAAUGAUUGUAUUGAAAGCAGAAGUAUUCAACGAUGGGCGACAUACAGGAGAAAAUAUAGCGGCAAAGUUAGAAACUAUGUUGUCAUCGUGGGGAAUUCCCAAAGAAAACGUAUUAUGUAUUGUAAGAAGAGAUGGUGGCACUAACAUGAAAAAAGGUAUUUCUUUAUUGAGCAUUAAAAACAUUGAUUGUUCAUCGCACCAAAUCCAACUUGUUGUUAAAGAAGGGCUUAAGUCACAAGAAUCAAUCAUUGCAGCCAUUAACAAAUGUAAAAAGAAAGCGACACAUUUUCACCACUCUAAUGUAGCUCAAGAUGAACUUUCGCUAAAACAUUCGCUAAGUAUUCGCAUAAAUUUUGCGAAUGCGAAUGCGAAUGCGAAUAUUCAAAAAUUUGCGGAUAUUCGCGAAUGCGAAUGCGAAUAUUCGUUACAUCACUAAUAUAUAUGCGUCUGAAUACCGAAUACCAAACGUAUAUUCAUUGCUCUGUUUUCUGUGUAUGUAACCCUGCAUACACCACAAAGUACAAUUUUUUAGUUUGACAGUAGGUAUUAACAGACUAAGCAAAGUACCUAUUUGUGGAGCUGGAGAUAUCUAGGAAGUUCAAUCAGUUUAAUAAUGCAUUAUGUUAUCAACACACUAAGUAUUAUUUAUUAGUUAAGUAUUAUUUAUUAUUUUGUUUUUAUAGUGUUUAUUUCUGUUGCAUUUAAAAGUCCACAGGUAUUUCAGUUAGUUCUAUGUUUUAAGGAUAGCACUAUGCCACAGUGCAAUAACAUUUAUUAUAUUUUAUCUAUGUUAUAUUUUAAAUUAUUUUAUGCAGUCCAUGUUUUUUAUACAUUGUGGUUGUUAAAGAAAAAAAUAUAAUUGACAAUGUUUCAUAUUUUCUUACUGCUAAAAUAAUAAUUACCAUUUGUUCACAUUAUCCUAAAACAUGUUCAUUUAAGUUGGAUAAAGUUUCAUAAAUUGUAAUAAAAAAUGAGUGUAGAGAAAAUCAAGUGUUGUCAUUUAAAAGUAUAGCUUUAUCAUUAUUCACUUGUGAAUAAUCUAUAUUUUUGCUUUAUCACUAACUAGCAUACUGUACCAAUGUGAGUGAGCUACUGUUGUCUAACAAAAAAAUAAAAUGUUUCAUAAAACAUU